AUGAUUAGAUCCUCAAUAACUCAUUCAAAGAUAGGCCCGAUAUCGAAGAUGUUUCUAAGGCGAUUCUCUACGAACGGAUCUGUUUGGAAUGCCUACUCGCCUAUCUUUAAGGAGGAUGAAAACUUGAAAGAUCUGAGAACAUCUAAAUUUGAAUACAAGUCGUUGUACCAGCCACUGAAAAUUGACUCAUUUACCUCAGAGAUUGAAAACUCAAGUGAAAAGGUCGAUUAUUACAGCCAUUGUUUACGCGAGGAAAUGAAGCAUUACGGAAAUUCUGAAUUCCAGGACGAAGAUCGGUUGAACAAUACUUCUUCACUGCCUGAGUUGAGGAUGAUAAAAACGAAAAAUCAGGCGUUUGAAACGUAUCUGAUAGAGAACCCCAACGUGGACCCAAAAAGCACAGUAACGAAAAUGAAACAAUAUGUGAAGUUUGCUGUAAUGUUUAUGAAGUUCUUCAAAUUAGGUGUUAUGAAUGUGUGGAAAAACUACCGUCUUAAUAGAAAAGAAUUUUACGGCAGUUAUUACAUGGUAGACCCAAAAAAUGAAAAUGCAAAACUAAAAGUCAAAAAUUUGAAUAGCGUCAUUGACGAGCUUCAUACUGUCAUUAAUUGUGAAAGGAAUGUAAGAAAUGCUAGUGAACAGAGAAGGGUUUUGAACAAAGGUGGCACCCAAGAUUUGUUUCCCAAGAUUGAACUUUCACGAUCUACUUUGCAAAGAGUUCUGCGGACCCGGGCCGACUUUAUCAAACUCCCUCUAUUUGCAGUAUUGUUUCUCCUAUUGGAAGAACUCACCAUCGGUCUAUGCUACAUCUUCCCCGAGAUAGUUCCCUCAACAUGUGAAUUACCUCAAUUGAACCAUAGAUUCUUUUACCAACAAAGCAAAAGCCAAAAAGAACUUCUAGAGCUGAGACAGAAUGCACCCAAAUCUGAAUUGUUUAAGAAAACCCCCUACAAUAUUUCUUGCAAGGAAUUGUUUGUCCUCAGCAGCGUUUUGAAGACGAAGAGUUCCUUAAUCCCCACCGUGUUGUACCCAGAAUCAUACCUGCGUCAAGCCCUGUUACGAAAGCUGAAGUCGUUAAACGUUGAUAACUAUUUAAUCGUUAGAGAUGGAGGCGUAUGGAAAAUGACAAAUCUGGAAAUACUACGAUCCUGCAUAGACAGAGGACUCGUUGAUUUCUCCAAGGAAUUGAACCCAAAUAAUGAUCCUCAGUCUGAAGAACAAAAAUCUCAUUAUGAACUCAUCGAUUUCAGCACUUUGAGAUUCCGGCUUCAUUCGUUUAUAUGCGAGAUGAACCGUUCCAACAACCAUGCUUCCGUUGGACUACUAGGAAUGUAUUGA